UGUAAGAUAAUGGGGAGGCAAUAUGAAAAUUUGCUUUCGAAGUGUUUGAAAGCAGUAUUACUAUUUGUUCAAGUCCGAGUUCUAUUAGUAUGUCUGUGCACCUCAAACGUAGUAGCUGAAGCUGGGGACCGACCAGCUGAAAUCAACAGAAUGUCGUCGCCGUUCGUAGGGGUUUUCGCCUUUGGAGAUUCGGUUCUUGACACAGGCAACAACAAUGACCUCCCUACUGUAGCCAGAUGCAAUUUCCCACCCUAUGGAAGAGAUUUUAUAGGAGGCAUCCCAACGGGAAGAUUUAGCAAUGGGAAAGUUUACUCCGACAUUAUAGUGGAAGCCUUGGGUAUCAAGCAUCUCUUGCCAGCAUAUCUUGACCCAAACCUACACUCUGAAGAUCUCCCAACUGGUGUAUGCUUUGCUUCUGGCAAUUCCGGUUAUGAUCCUCUAACACCAUCUCUAGUGGAUUUAUAUAGCCUUGGGGCACGACGAAUUGCUAUUAUAAGUGCAUUCCCAUUGGGAUGCGCACCAUUGGAAAGAAAUGGAGGAGGAUUACUAGGAGAGUGUUUAGAGUUGCAAAACCAAAGAGCAAAGAUGUUCAACUCUCUAUUAUCAUCCGAAUUAGAUACCAUCAACAGGGACUUCCCUGACGCGAAGCUAGUUUUUCUUGAUGUCUACCACCCUUUUCUAGAACUCAAUCAACACCCUGAAAACUCAGGAUUCGAAGUCUUGAAGAUUGGGUGUUGUGGUACUGGAACAUUUGAAGUGACAUCGUUUUUAUGUAACCCAUGGAAUCCAUUCACAUGUUCAAAUGCAUCUAAUUACGUAUACUGGGAUGCAAUUCAUCCGAGCGAACGAGCUCAAAGAAUCGUCGCUUCUCAAACUCUCAAAUUGAUCACGAGUACGUAAUAUACUGUUUGUUUAAGAACGCUGUAUAUUUUUCCUUGUAUCCGUGCAUAUCAAUCCCAUAUCAACGCUAUGGGGGAGUUGAAGUUGAAGAAUAUGUAGACUAUAGCAUGCUUGGUAAAUAUAUAU